AUGGGGCUCGGGUGCGUCGUCGUUGGGUGUACGGAGCUGAGGGAGCUCUCCCUCAAGUGGUGCCUCGGGGUCUCGGAUCUGGCGAUCCAGCUCCUCGCACUCAAGUGCAGGAAGCUCACCAGCCUGGAUCUCUCCUACACCAUGAUCACAAAGGAUAGCUUUCCUCCCAUCAUGAAGCUACCCAAUCUUCAACAGUUGACCCUGGUGGGGUGUAUUGGAAUUGAUGACGAUACCCUUGGUAGUCUUGAGAAAGAAUGCAGUAAAUCACUACAGGUGCUUGAUCUGUCUCAGUGUCAGAAUAUCACUGAUGUGGGAGUUUCAUCCAUACUGAAGUCGGUACCCAAUCUAUUGGAACUGGAUCUUUCAUACUGCUGUCCUGUUACUCCUCCUAUGGUGAGAAUCUUCCAGAAGGUUCCUAAAUUGCGGACCCUGAAGCUGGAAGGCUGCAAAUUCAUGGCUGAUGGACUAAAAGCUAUUGGAACCUCUUGUGUUUCUUUACGGGAGUUAAGCUUGAGCAAGUGCUCUGGAGUGAUGGAUACAGAACUCGCUUUUGCCAUGUCAAGACUAAAGAACCUGCUGAAGCUGGACAUUACUUGUUGUCGCAAUAUCACUGAUGUUUCACUAGUGGCCAUAACUAGUUCAUGCACUUCCCUCAUCUCUCUAAGGAUGGAGUCUUGUAGCCGUGUUUCCAGUGGGGCGCUCCAAUUGAUUGGGAAGCACUGUUCUCACCUAGAAGAGUUGGACCUUACUGACAGUGAUUUGGAUGAUGAAGGACUGAAAGCUCUUGCCAAAUGCAGCAAACUUUCGAGUCUAAAAGUUGGCAUUUGCUUGAAGAUAAGUGAUGAAGGUCUUACCCAGAUUGGAAAGUCUUGCCCAAAACUCCGUGACAUUGAUCUGUACAGGUGUGGAGGCCUUAGUGAUGAUGGAAUUAUUCAAAUUGCUCAGGGUUGUCCGAUGCUAGAGUCUAUUAAUCUAUCCUACUGUACAGAAAUAACAGAUCGUUCACUGAUUUCACUUUCAAAAUGCGCUAAGCUGAAUACUCUGGAGAUUCGUGGCUGCCCCAUGAUUACAUCCUCUGGGCUCUCAGAAAUAGCAAUGGGGUGCAGGCUACUUUCCAAGCUUGAUAUUAAGAAAUGCUUUGAGAUUAAUGAUGUGGGAAUGCUUUACCUUUCCCAGUUUUCUCGUAGCCUUCGUCAGAUAAACUUGUCGUAUUGUUCAGUCACCGAUAUCGGACUUUUGUCCCUUUCUAGCAUAUCCGGCUUGCAGAACAUGACCAUCGUCCAUUUAGCGGGUAUAACACCUAAUGGCUUGACAGCUACUCUUAUGGUUUGUGGUUGUUUGACGAAAGUGAAGCUUCAUGAAGCAUUCAAAUCCAUGAUGCCUGCUCAUAUGAUAAAAAAUGUUGAGGCACGCGGCUGUGUUUUCCAGUGGAUUGAUAAACCAUUUAAGGUAUUCUACUGCUCCCCUGGUUGCUUUACACAGCGUUAA